GUUGAAUGUAACCCGGAAACUAUGGAAGAAACCACGCCUUUGCACCCCGUAUGAAUGUUGUACGUAGAUGGUGCUACAAGUGUUGAGGGAUCAGGGCCAAGAGCAGUGUUAAUGGGCCCAUAUGGUUUUAAAUCCGAGCAUGCAUUGAGAUUCAAAUUUCAGACGACCAAUAAUGCCACUGAAUAUGAAGCACUCAUUUACGGUAUGAAAUUGGCAUUGAAGCUGAAAGCGCAGAACAUAAGAGUCUUUAGUGAUUCCCAGCUUAUAGUAAACCAAGUGAAUGGAAGUUGUGAUAUCAGAGACCCUCAGCUCGGUCAUUACGCCUCUAUGGUCAACAGGUUGAAAUCAGACUUUGUUUUGUUUCAAAUGGACAAGAUACCAAGGGUAGACAACAAGUGGGCUGAUGAACUGUCAAAGUUAGCGUCGUCACAAGAUAUGAAUCCUCAGAGAACAACAUUCAUUAAGAUUCUUGAUGCACCAAGAUAUGCUAACCCCGUAGUUGAAUGCUAAGUGUUGAGCACAGAUCCCUCAUUACGAAGCUAGACCACACCUUUGAUUAACUAUUUAUGAGAUGGUGAAUUGCCUGAGGACCCAUUUGAUGCUCCAUUAAUUAGACGCAAGGCAGCACAUUUCACCUUGAUUGAGGAUUAGUUGUAUAAACAAGCAGUGUUAAU